UUAAAAUUUACUUUCCUGAUUUACUAUUUCCUUUCUCCUUUUCUUUUCUCGAACAAAAUUAUUACGCAAUUAUUAUUGUUUUAAUUAAUUUUUCUUUUAUAAAAUUACUGAUACAAUCAAUAUCACUAUUAUUACUAUCAUUAUUGAUACUGCUGAUACUAUCACCAUUAACUGCUAUCACUACUAAUACUACUGACACUAUCACUAUUACUACUAAUACUAUCACUAUUACCACUAUCAAUACUAAUAUUAUCCAUUACAUCACUAUUACAACUAAUACUAUCACUAUUUGCUAUUUUAAAUAAUGUAUUUGAAAUUUUUCAUCAUCAAAUCAGUCAAGUUAUUAAUUAUGUAAUUAAAUUGUAUUAUUAUUGAAGAAGAAAUGAUACAUUAAAAUUUUGAUAUUUAAAAUAAUCAUUAAUUUUUACAGACAUAACAUUAAAUUAAUAAUCUAUUCAAUACGGAUACAUUCCAUUCUCUCUCUCUCUCUCUUCUUUUUCUCCGUCCCUUUCUCUCUUUCUCUUUUUUGACAAUGAAAUUUAUUGAAGAGAUUUUAUUGCUGCUUAUUUCUUAAUUUUUUUUUUUUUUACUGAUGAUCGUAAAUAAUUUUGAUUUCUUUUUUAAUUUCUUAAAGUACUUAUCCAUUUGAUUGUAUAAUUUCUCCUUCUUUUUUUUUUUCUUUUACGGAUAUACAU